AUGAUGAGUUCAAAAUUCUCAAUAUUUAAUAAUAGUUUCAUUGGUAGUAGUGAAAACAGUAGUAAUAAAAAUGGUCUUUAUAUUAAUAAAAAAGCAGUUCUUUCACCCUCAACAAAAAUUCUUUUAUCAAAAUCUACACCAUCUCUUUCAAAAAUAGUGCCUGCAUUUUCAUCAACAACAAUACAACCAACAACAACAUCAACAACAACAAAUUUAACCAAUGAAAAAGAUAAAAGAAAAUUAAAUGAACUUAAAGAAUAUGUAAAGGUAGCUUUGGAUAUUUUCUAUCAACUUGGAUAUAAUAAUUCAUUCAAAGUAUUAUCAAGAGAAUCUGGUUUUUAUUUUGAUUUAAAAUUAUUUAAAAAAUAUAUUGAAGUUGGUAAUUUUGAGGAGAGUGAAAAAUAUUUAUUAUCAUAUUUUUAUAGUGGGAAUAAUAAUAAUAAAGAUAACAUUUUCAACAUUAAAAAUGAUGAUACAGUUAAUGAAGAUUCAAUAAAUUAUAUAUUAUUUCAAUUGUAUUUGCAUCAUUUCAUUGAACAAUUAGAAUCAAAAAACCUUUCAGAAGCCGAAAAAAUAUUGAAUGAAAAAUUAAGAAAGGUUUUAAAAAGUUACAAACAUAUAAAUAAUUUGGUUAAAUUAUUACAUGUCGAGGAUUUUAGAAAAGAAAAACAAUAUAAAUUCUUUGAUGCUAUUUUUUUUUUUUUUUUCAUUCUCACUAGAAAUACAAUCCCAAAAAGUUUUUGUUGUAAUUGUAGUUGCAAUAAAUGCAUAUCAUUAAAAUUUGGAAGUAAUAAUAAUAAUAAUAGUAAUAAUAAUAACAAUAACAAAAGUGGUAGUAGUAACAACAACAACAACAACAACAACAACAACAACAACAACAACAACAACAACAACAACAACAACAACAACAACAACAACGACAACAAAACAGAAUUGAGAGUCCCUGGCUCAACAGUCAAAUCUUCAGCCUUUAGGCGUCCAACACCGACAUUCUCUCAAACCAAACAUCAAAAUUCACAAGAAAACCAAAUAAACAAACCUUUUGAACGUGAUUUAAAAAAUGGACUUGAUAAUAAUGAUAAUAAUAAUAAUAAUAAUAAUAAUAAUAAUGAUAAUAAUAAUAAUAAUAAUAAUAAUAAUAAUAAUAAUAAUAAAAAUAAUAACAAUAAUAAUAACAAUAAUAAUAACAAUAAUAAUAAUAAUAAUAAUAAUAAUAAUAAUAAUAAUGGUUAUGGCAAUGGUGAUGAUAAAAUUAUGGGUAAUGGUAAUAGAAAUGGUAAUGGUAAUAAAGGUAAUGAUAAUGAUGAUAAUAAUAACAGUAAUGGUAAUAGUAAUAAAAGUGAUGAUAAUAUUAUCAUGGAUAAUGGUAGUAAUAAUAGUAAUAAUAAUGGUAAUAAAGGUGAUGAUAGUAAUAGUAAUAGUAAUGGUAAUAGUAAUGAUAAUAGCAAUAUGGAAGUUCUUGAAGGGAUUCAAAAUAUGGAUAUUGAUGACCCAGAUCCAACAAUUUUUAAUAUUAAUAAUAAUAAUAAUAAUAAUAAUAAUAAUAAUAAUAAUAAUAAUAAUAAUAAUAAUAAUAAUAAUAAUAAUAAUAAUAAAGCAAGUAUUUCUUUCAUACAACCAUUUAAAUUAGGUCCAAAAAAAAGAGAACUCGAGCUUAUCGGGGAACAAAAAUUCCAGAUAUCUCCACUGGACUCACCAAAAGAUAGGGUCUUAAAAGAGGAAGUUGAAACCUUACAAAAGAAUCACACAAAAACUGAAACCCCAUCAACUCAAACAAUUCAAGAUACAAUUAAAACUACAAAGUCUACAACAAACAAAACAACAAAUGCAUACC